AUGGUCAAAGGCGGAUAUGGCGGUGGUGGCUAUGCAGCUAAUUUCAAAGGUGUAGACGAUACUGAUGGUGCGGGAAGUGGCGGAAGUCAAACCGCUGUCAAAUUUUUGUCAAAUGACCUUUGGCAUCGUGUGAUAGUGGCUGGUGCUGGAGGUGGUUCGGAAAACGAAUUUGCAUAUGGAAAUUCAGAUGACGGCUCAGGAGGAUCAGGUGGUGAUUUUACAGCACAAGGAUAUUGGGAAAAUGGCGUUUAUAAUUCAUCCAGAUUAGCUAAUUCUACAUUUGGAUUUACAUUUGGAUCUGGAGAAUCAGCCCAAGAAAACGGAUCAAAAAAUCCAAAUGGAGUUCAAAGCGGAAGUGGAUUUUCUGAUAGACCCGGAGCUGGAAGUGGUUGGUUUGGUGGAUUUGCAGGCCAUUCAGGAAAUGCAGGUUCAGGAGGAGGAAGUUCGUGGGCAGUCUCAAAGAAUGCAAUCAUCCCUCAAGGAAACAUUACAGCAACAGAUAGUUUUUACAACAUAAAUGAUAGUCACCCAUAUUCAUUCAGUCUUGAUGAUGGAUAUCUUUUCAGUGAUGUCAAGACAUAUCCUGGCAUCUGGGAAGGCAACGGUCUUCUUGUUAUCACAAUUCUUGACAGCAUCAUAUAUCCUUCUUGUGUUUCUAUCAAUUGCUCACACUUUUCAUAUUUCCUUUUAUUUAUUUUAUUUUUCGAAACUCACUCAUAA